GUUCAGAAAUUGUAUACACUAUUUUCUGGUUCAACAAAAAGAUGGGCAAUUUUGAAAGAGCAUUUAGAGGGCUUAACUUUGAAGUCAUUGUCCACCACACGUUGGGAAUGUCAUGUGGAAAGUGUUAAAGCAAUUGUAACCCAAACUUUGCAAAUACGAGAAGCUUUGAUUGAACUGGGAAAAGAUUGCACUGAUUAUUCGUCUAAAAAUGACGUUAAAAGUGUGCUGAAACAAGUAGAAAAGUUUGAAUUCUUAUUGGGCAUGGUAAUAUGGUAUGAUGUUUUGCAUCCCAUUAAUAAAGUCAGUAAAUUAUUACAAAGUGAAGAUAUGUGCAUGGAUGCUUGUAUAGUAAAUAUGAAUGCUUUGAUUAUUUAUUUAAACAAGUAUCGAAAUGAGGGGUUUGAAGAUGCAAUGAGUAGAGCAAAAGGUAUUGCUCUAGAAUUGGGGCUUGAACCUUGUUUUCCUGAAAGGCGAUCGAUCCGGAGGAAAAAACACUUUGAUGAAGAUAAAGAAGAUGAUGAAGAUAAGUCGCCUCAAGAUGCUUUUAAGUGUUUUUAUUUUAAUGUUGUAAUGGAUGCUUGUUUGGUUUCUCUGCAAAGUAGAUUUGAUCAGAUGAAGGUUUUUCAAGGUAUUUUUGGGUUCUUGUUCAAUUCAAGGAACUUGAAAUCAUUGGAUUCUGAUAAGUUGAUAGAUUCUUGUAAGAUACUUGCAGAAGCUCUACAAGAUGGUGAAAAGGAAGACAUUGAUAUGGAUUAUUUAUUUCAAGAAUUGAAAAUGUUGCAAAAUAUUUUACCGGAUGAUAGGGACACAGCCAUUAAAAUUCUUGAUUUUGUGAAGAACUUGUGUUGUUAUCUGAAUACAACAAUUGCUUACAGAAUACUGUUGACAAUACCUGUGACCGUUGCCACAGCGGAGAGAAGUUUUUCAAAGUUGAAGAUACUGAAGAAUCAUUUGCGAUCGACUAUGUCUCAAGAAAGGCUGAAUGGAUUAGCAAUUUUAAGCAUUGAGCAUGAAUUCUUGGAAAAGCUGGUGCAGCGGGCGAUCAGUCGAAGGUUGGGAGCAGAUAUCAGUCGCCGUUUGGGGGUGCCUUCCUUGCCGAUCGAACAGAGAGUGCAGUGCAAGGAGUUUGGGAGCAGUGAUCAAUCGACGUUUCAGUAUGAAUGUUUCUGAUUGUAGUUUCAGGGACUUUGGGUGCAACACAAGGAGUUUGUACUAGUUAUUAGGAGGUGGCAAAGGCGACGAGCAGACAAUGAGAGGUGAAGGACUAAACAAGGGGGGAGACAGAUCGAUGUUCCACCCCCUCCUGAACUGCCGCCUUGGAGCAAUCGAG